AUGGAAGCCCCUGUGGAGCUGAGCGAAACGCAAGAAGGUACUGUAAAUAUGUUAUUGUCGAUUGAUUAUGGGACAAUUAACGAGCUUACUUUGAUAUUCACCGAUUCAACACAACUAUCAUCACAUCGUACCCGCCAGCUACUUGUCACGCCAGGCGGCACUAAAUAUUGGAUACCACAAUGUGAGGAUGCACUUAGGCCAUUCAAAGGACAGAUUUUUCACGGGCUUGGCGAGGCAGUCAUUUUCUACAACACGUAUGCUUCUACAGUUGGGUUUGAUGUUAGGCACAACACCUUCAUUAAAGCGAUUGAUAAGACGUAUGUUCGAGAGAGGGCCACAAGCAUCAUGCAGACGCAAUCCAAGCAAUGCACUCACGAAGACGCAGGGUAUCCAACCGAGUGGGGUGUAACGCCCGGAUUGUCCUUCGAGUUAACGGACCAAACAGCUAUAUUGUUCGAUUUUUUGAAGAAAAGCACAGCCAUCCGAUGA